UUAGAAAGCGGCGGGCGGCGGGGCCAGCGGCGGAGACUUCCAGGACCGGCCGCGGGAGGACCGAGAGCGAGAGAGAAGAUGGUGGAGCCAGGACAAGAUCUGUUGCUUGCUGCUUUGAGUGAGAGUGGAAUCAGUCCAAAUGAUCUAUUUGAUAUUGACUCUCCGGACGUGGUUCUUGGAAAUCCAGCACCAACUCCAGCUGUUCAGCAGUCAGUGCCACUUAGUGCGUUAGAACUAGGCUUGGAGACUGAGGCCACAGCUGCUGUGAAACAAGAACCAGAGACUGUAUCAACUCCAGCCUUAUUAAAUGUUCGGCAACCACCAUCCACCACAACCUUUGUGCUGAAUCAAAUAAAUCAGCUUCCAACUUUGGGGACUACAAUAGUGAUGACAAAAACAACACCUGUUACAACUACAAGGCAGACUAUCACUGUAGCAAAAAUCAUUCAGACCAGCACAACUACUCGACCCUCGGUUGCAGCACCAGCAGUACGCAAUGCCUUGACCACUACACCUUCAAAGGACCAGAUUCAGCUGAAAGAUCUGCUAAAGAAUAAUAGUCUUAAUGAACUCAUGAAGUUGAAGCCGCCUCCUAAUAUUGCCCAACCAGUAGCAACAGCAGCAACUGAUCUAAGCAAUGGUGCAGUGAAGAAGGAGGCUUCCACAAAAGAGGUAGCAAGAAUAUGGAUAAAUGAUAUUAAAAUGAGAAGUUUUUCACCUACUAUGAAAGUGCCAGCAGUAAAAGAAGAGGAGGAACCUGAGGAAGAAGAUGAAGAAGAAAUGGGCCAUGCAGAAACUUACGCUGAGUAUAUGCCAAUAAAAUUAAAAAUUGGUCUACGUCAUCCUGACCCAGUAGUGGAAACCAGCUCAUUAUCCAGUGUAACUCCUCCUGAUGUGUGGUACCAGACAUCGAUAUCGGAAGAAACAAUUGAUAGUGGCUGGUUGUCAGCUUUGCAACUUGAAGCAAUCACUUACGCAGCUCAGCAACAUGAAACAUUCCUGCCCAAUGGAGACAGAGCUGGAUUCUUGAUAGGUGAUGGUGCUGGUGUAGGAAAAGGAAGGACCAUAGCUGGAAUAAUCUAUGAAAAUUACUUGUUAGGCAGAAAAAGAGCAGUCUGGUUUAGCGUGUCAAAUGAUCUGAAAUACGAUGCUGAAAGAGAUUUGAGAGAUAUUGGAGCAAAAAACAUAUUGGUUCAUUCAUUAAACAAGUUCAAGUAUGGGAAAAUUUCUUCCAAACAUAAUGGAAGUGUGAAGAAAGGUGUCAUCUUUGCUACCUAUUCUUCUCUUAUUGGUGAAAGUCAGUCUGGUGGUAAAUACAAAACCAGAUUAAAGCAGCUUCUUCACUGGUGUGGUGAAGACUUUGAUGGAGUUAUUGUAUUUGAUGAGUGUCAUAAAGCUAAAAAUCUGUGUCCAGUUGGUUCAUCAAAACCAACAAAAACAGGUCUGGCUGUAUUGGAACUUCAAAAUAAACUUCCAAAAGCCAGGGUUGUUUAUGCUAGUGCCACAGGUGCAUCUGAGCCAAGAAAUAUGGCAUAUAUGAACCGUCUUGGAAUAUGGGGUGAAGGAACUCCAUUUAGGGAAUUCAGUGAUUUUAUUCAGGCUGUUGAAAGAAGAGGUGUUGGUGCCAUGGAAAUAGUUGCUAUGGAUAUGAAGCUGAGAGGAAUGUACAUAGCAAGACAGUUGAGUUUUUCAGGUGUAACUUUCAAAAUUGAUGAAGUUCUGCUUUCACAGGAAUAUGUUAAAAUGUACAAUAAAUCUGUGAAACUGUGGGUCAGUGCUAGAGAGAGGUUUCAACAAGCAGCCGAUCUUAUCGAUGCAGAACAACGAAUGAAAAAGUCUAUGUGGGGUCAGUUUUGGUCAGCUCAUCAGAGGUUUUUCAAGUACCUUUGCAUAGCAUCUAAAGUGAAGAGGGUGGUGCAGCUAGCUCGGGAAGAAAUCAAGAAUGGGAAAUGUGUUGUUAUUGGCCUGCAGUCAACAGGAGAAGCAAGAACAUUAGAAGCUUUGGAGGAAGGCGGUGGUGAACUGAAUGACUUUGUUUCUACAGCAAAAGGAGUAUUCCAGUCUCUUAUUGAAAAGCACUUUCCAGCUCCUGACAGGAAGAAGCUGUUUAGCUUGUUGGGAAUUGACUUGACUGCUCAAAGUAAUAACAAUUCACCCAGAGACAGCCCUUGCAAGGAGAACAAAAUAAAGAAACGGAAAGGUGAAGAAAUAAGCAGAGAAGCCAAAAAAGCUCGCAAAACAGGUGGCCUUGCAGGUAGCAGCUCUGAUGAGAGUGAAAGUGAAUCUGAUGCUUCGGACAACGAAGAGAGUGACAAUGAGAGCUCCAGAUUUUUGAGUUCUGGAGAUGAUGACGACUUCAACCCGUUCAGAGACGAAUCCAGUGAAGAUGAUGAAGAUGAUCCCUGGUUAAUUAGAAAAGAGCAUAAAAAAAAUAAAGACAAGAAAAAGAAGAAAAGUAUAGACCCAGAUUCUAUUCAAAGUGCCUUACUAGCUUCUGGUCUUGGAUCAAAACGACCUAGCUGUUUUACUUCCACUGUUGGUACCACCACUUCUAGUACCAACACGUCAGCAAACAGUAACACAAACAGCAGCUUUGUAACAAGUCAGGAUGCUGUUGAAAGGGCCCAACAAAUGAAAAAAGAACUGCUUGAUAAACUGGAAAAGCUGGCUGAAGAUCUUCCACCGAAUACACUGGAUGAGCUUAUAGAUGAACUGGGUGGUCCUGAAAACGUUGCAGAGAUGACAGGCCGCAAAGGGAGAGUUGUAAGCAAUGAUGAUGGCAGCAUAUCUUAUGAGUCAAGAUCUGAACUUGAUGUGCCCGUUGAAAUCCUGAACAUCACGGAAAAGCAGAGGUUCAUGGAUGGAGAUAAGAACAUUGCCAUAAUCUCGGAGGCUGCCAGCUCUGGUAUAUCAUUGCAAGCAGACCGCAGAGCUAAGAAUCAGAGACGGAGAGUUCACAUGACUCUGGAGUUGCCGUGGAGCGCGGAUAGAGCAAUACAGCAGUUUGGAAGAACUCAUAGAUCCAACCAAGUGACUGCUCCAGAGUAUGUGUUCCUAAUUUCUGAAUUGGCAGGAGAGCAAAGAUUUGCAUCCAUAGUUGCAAAAAGACUGGAGAGCUUGGGAGCCCUCACCCAUGGUGACAGACGGGCUACAGAAACUCGAGACCUCAGCAGAUUCAAUUUUGACAACAAGUAUGGCAGAAAUGCUUUAGAGAUUGUUAUGAAAUCCAUUGUGAACCUAGACUCACCAAUGGUCUCGCCUCCUCCUGAUUUUCCUGGAGACUUCUUCAAAGAUGUUCGUCAGGGAUUGAUUGGCGUAGGCUUGAUAAAUGUAGAAGACAGAUCUGGAAUCCUAACACUUGAUAAAGAUUAUAACAAUAUAGGGAAAUUUCUGAAUAGAAUUCUUGGUAUGGAAGUACAUCAGCAGAAUGCUUUAUUCCAGUACUUUUCUGACACAUUAAAUGCGGUUAUUCAAAAUGCUAAAAAGAAUGGAAGAUACGAUAUGGGCAUCUUAGAUUUGGGCUCUGGGGAUGAGAAAGUAAGGAAGGCAGAUGUUAAGAAGUUUUUAACUCCUGGAUAUUCUACCUCUGGACAUGUAGAACUAUACACAAUCAGUGUAGAGAGAGGAAUGUCUUGGGAUGAAGCAACUAAGAUCUGGGCAGAACAGACGGGUCCAGAUGAUGGAUUUUAUUUAUCACUGCAGAUAAGAAAUAACAAGAAAACCGCUAUUCUAGUAAAAGAAGUGAAUCCUAAAAAGAAGCUUUUUUUAGUAUACAGACCAAAUACUGGGAAACAACUCAAACUAGAAACAUGUGCAGACCUGAAAAAGAAAUACAAGAAGGUACCUUCUGAAGACGCUCUGCCACACUGGUUAGAGCAGUACAAUUCUUCUGCGGAUACCUGCACCCAUGCUUAUUGGAGAGGCAAUUGUAAGAAGGCAGGCUUGGGAUUAGUUUGUGAAGUGGGACUCCGCUGUCGAACUUACUACGUCUUGUGUGGUUCAGUAUUGAGCGUCUGGACAAAAGUAGAAGGCGUUCUAGCCUCUGUGAGUGGUACAAAUGUGAAAAUGCAAAUAGUUCGUCUAAGAACAGAAGAUGGGCAGAGGAUCGUGGGUUUGAUCAUUCCUGCAAAUUGUGUAUCGCCCCUUGUAAACCUCCUGUCAACGUCAGACCAGUCUCAACAGCUUGCAGUACAACAGCAGCAGAUAUGGCAGCAGCAUCACCCGCAAAGCAUCACCAAUUUCAACAAUGCAUAAGAGGACAAGCUACAGGUGUUGACUUUGGUGUUUGAGGAAAAGGCUGUAAAAGCAUAUCACUUGCAUAAAAAUCAGGGACAGAUUCCAAAGAAAUACAACUUUUUCAGUUCAGUUGUGUGCUCUCAAAUACUUUGGGAAUAAAGACAUCUAAAAAGGUUGGUAGAACUGAAAGCCAGCAGUUGUUUAUGGUGGUGCAUCUGUCUUUCCUUAUGCUCUCUGUAGUGCUUCCUGUUUGCUUUUACUUUUGGCCUUUUAAGCUACAAACCACAAUUUGUUUGAAAAUGCUUGAAAAUCCCCAAGCAGGCUUUAUUUUUAUCUUGUUAUACAGUGCUCAGGGUUUAACGCAGUGCAUCAAUGCCAUUGCUGUGGGAGAUAUCCUUGAAUGCAUGUAUUGAGUAUAUAUAUAGAAAAUAUAUAUUGGGUUUUUCUCUUCAAUUUAUGAGUUUAUAAAAGCAUGAAACCUAGAGGUUGCACAUCAUGCAUUCAGGUUCCUUCCCAGUUUCUGUUUGACAGUGCAUGUCUCUGGAAACGGGCAUGGACAGGAUAAACACACAAGACAGGAAUUCAGAGAGAAACACAAUCUUAGUUGUACAGCAUUGGUUAUUGCAUUUUUAUAGUGUUUAUACCCAGGUGUUGCAUUUUUUCUGGUUCUCUCCUGGGGGUUAUAUAUUUGAGUCUACAACAUGUUCUUUUUGUGAUAAACAUCUUAAAUUAAAAUUAGUUCAUUUUUAAUGUAUUAAUGGUAUUCCUAAUGUGUACUGCAAAGAUGGCUGGAUGCCUAUUUUCCUUAAAUUGAAGCAUUUCCUUAAUCCAGGUGGUUAUGGAAACUUAAGUGCAAAUUCACUUCCAUCUCGCAUACAAUCUUAUAUUUUUUACUUCAUUAAUGUAAUUUAAUUUGUCACUUGUAAGAUGAAACCUUACUUGAGCUGUAAAUUAGAGAAUGGGAAACACUUGAGGGUUCCGCUGUAUGUGCUGUUUCUGUUACCCAGUAACUUGAAUACUGUUUAAUAUGUUGUAAGACAUUGUAGAGUUUAUCUGGAGCUGUUUAAAAGAAAUUGUAAUGUACAAAUGUGAAUAGUCACUUAUCUAUAAUAUGGGUAAGUUUUGUUUUGCCUAUAAUAGUAGAUGUUUAUAAGAAAGUGAAGGACAAUGUUUGUCAUUUCUUGCUUGCACAGGUUGCACUAUUGAAAAAUUGAGAUUGUAUAAACCUGUCCAAAAAACCUACAAGAUAAUGAUCUUGUAGAUGUCAAAUAAAAGUUAUUGUACUAACAAGAAGUGGAGUCUUGUUUAGGCAAUCACUGUAUUCCAAAAAAAACUAACAAGUCUGUACAAUUGGAAUUCGACAGGACUUGGCAUGUUCCAGUCUGCUUUAACCAGGCUUCUGUCUUGCAGUCCAAAUAUCUCAGUUGAACUCAUUAAUGAGGCAAGAAGCAAACUGUGUUUAAACCUUGAUGCAUAUUUCAAGUAAGGCUCACCUGACAGAGCAGCAAUCCGCGGUAGCGUAUGUCACUUCUCUAAACACUCGGUGAGCCAGAUGCAAGUGUCACAAAGAGUUUUUUCCAUAAGUAACGGGGCCAGAAGUUCCACAACUUCAGGCUGAAACGAGCUCCCUUACGGGAAUUAUUUCGCUUGAGGUUCUGUAAACGCUGCCUGCGCCGGCACCCCAGUGCGGUAACAGAGCGCCCGCUUGUCGGCAAAGGCGGGCUGCCUGCUGUCCUCAGCUCCCGGUCCGAAACGGUCACGGGGAUGAAUCCCCUGCACACCCUUGUGACUAACUGGAAAUACCGAUCUAGAACAAAUCGGUAUGCUCCCUAUUGCCGUAGCGCCUGCUGCAUCUCUAUAAAGUACUUGUAAUGCAGGUGGUAGGUAUGUUGGGAGUUUUUUAAUCCUCUGGCAGGAAGGGGAGGCUUGCCCGAGUGCUGUGAUACCAGUAGGAGCUGAUUACGCCCUGGAGAACCGUAGACCACAGACAGGGUGUGGGGGAGGAUGUGCACGUGUUUUGUACCCACCAUUGGAUGUAUUUGGCAUCCAUUCCAGCAAAAGUAAUGGGAUUUGGAGAAGUGUGUUGACAGAUUACUAUUGCAGCAGAUAGUGAACCAAAUAGCUAGUAACAGCAAGCUGUGUGUGGACUUUGCUGUCUUUUUUUUUUUAAUUAUUUUUAUUUGGUGUAGAAAUUUCUACCAUCUGAGAUGGUAGCAUAAUAGUUUAGAUCUUAAUCCUCAGUAAGAUGGUUCUAGAAGUGGUAGGUUCACAAACAGUGAUUUUCUUUUUUUUUUUUUAAUAAGUCAUUAUUUAAAUAUACUUCAGUUCCUAAGUGUUCUUCUCAGCCUGUUGUGCUAACUUUAGUUGUUAGGAUGAGCAAACAUUGAAUUGGAUAUUCUCUGUAUUGAUAACCAAACCACACUACUUUAUUUCGGGAGUUCAUAGCGUAUGCUGUUCACUCACACCGUCUUAAAGUUCCCAUGGACUUGAGUCCCCUGGAGGGAAAAAAACCAACAGUACUUAGAAGAUCCAUAAGAACUGUUCCCAUUCCAGAAAUCCAUUCCCCCACUUGCUCUCCUUUGCCUGCUCUGCUACUUGCCACCAUCAAUGCCUUGGCUUUGUCAUUCCGUUACUAACACAUCUGCAUGCACAGCUCUGGAGUGUUAGAACAUCUUAAAGGUUAACAUCCAAAAAAAAUUGGCCUUCAAGCUACAGAAACGUUUUCUCUCUUGAAAAUUCCUGCUCGGUGGUUGGGGUGUGGUUUUUUGAUAGUAGUUUGUUCCUUGCAGGAGCUGCUGAUAAAGCUUGGGGGAGAGGAGGACUAUAAAUAGCACUGUGGAUGGGAUAAGGAACGGCUAUGCGGUAUCCUCUUGCAGCACUGCCCAUGAGACAAACAUCCUCACAGGGAGGAAAAAGGAGAGACCAAUUGUCAUGUCAUAGAAAUUAGCAGGCUGGGCAAGACUGGUCUCGGUAUUUUUCCUACCUGUGGGGCAUUGAUCUGCUUUGUACAAAUCACCAUCUGAAAUGGAUAUAAAAUUUAUAAAGGCUAGAUCGGGGCAAAGCUAAAUGUAAAGUGAUAGUAAUGUCUGUACUGCGUGCGUUUUGGAAGCAUGCUGUAGAAGGGGAAAUACAUAUUUAAGUUGACUUGGGAAUUGAAGGGAUAAAACUUUGGGUUUUCUUUUUUAAACUAUCCCUUGACAGCAACUAAAUUUUGACUUGUUAACUAGUUUCAUACUUAAGAUGUCUGACACAGCAAAUGCAAUUAUAACCCGCUAAAAACCCCCUCUGCACGGCAAGUUUUCAGGUUUUUUUCCAAUCGCUGUAUGGUCCGUUGGGAACACACACCUCUUGUAAGGACUUAAAAGUUCCCCAAAGAUGCUAGUUGUCUAGUCAGUGUGUAGUAUCUUCUUUGUAAAUGAAGAAAGCUCUGCAACCUGUAAACAUUUGUCAAGUGAAUUAUCAAGGGGUUUUUGUAUUUUUCUUUUGCGUUUGGAAUAAGCUUCAUUCAGAUCCCAUCGCAGUCUGUACAUAUAUGAAAGAGUAUGUAUGUAUAUAGAGAUGUUAAAGGCUACUGAAUUAUUGAAUGUAAAUAACUCUUGUUUUCCUUUGUGUUUUUUUUUCUUCAUGACCUUCCCAAGAUGUAUUCCUAUUUUCUCAACCUGCCAAACAGGCAGUUUGUGUGUACUUUGAAAUAUAUAUAGCAUAUAUAAAACUUCCAAGGGAUGUGUGCAUACAUUGUA